AAACAAACAGAAGUGUCAACUUCAUCGAAAAUUUGGUUUAACUAAACAAAUAUAUUUAAAAAUAUCCUCUUUCGACCCAUUUUUGAACGCUAAUGUGCAGAUCUCAAUGAUAAUGUGACUCUUGAAGAUAAAAGUAAUAUUAUGUCGUCAUAAAGAAAUUAACAAAUGAAUUGUUAUUCCGUCGAUUACCUGCUUACUUCUAUAACUAAGUACCUAUUGUGAGAGAUUCAUACCUAUAUGUAUAUUUAAAACAUGGAAGAAAAAGUCAAUCAAAUUGAAAAUGUAGCUAGUUCUGAUAAAAUUGCAAAGAUUACUAUAGAUGCAGAAGGUGCUUCCAAUAAUAUGAGAUUAAAAUGGCCCACAUGGGAUCAAACACAAAAAGUAUUGACAAGGAAGAAAAUAAUCAAGAAGGAAGGUGACUCAAAGUUAGCUAAAGUAUUAACAACGUUCGAUUUAACAGCGCUAGGAAUUGGUAGCACUCUAGGAGUAGGAGUUUAUGUUUUAGCAGGAGACGUAGCAAGGAAUACUGCAGGUCCUGCAGUGAUAAUAUCGUUUUUUAUAGCAGCCGUGACUUCAGUAUUAGCAGGUCUAUGUUACGCAGAAUUUGGGGCUAGGGUACCAAAGGCCGGUUCUGCAUAUGUGUAUAGUUAUGUUUGCAUAGGAGAAUUUUUUGCCUUCAUUAUAGGAUGGAACUUAAUAUUAGAAUAUCUUAUAGGUUCCGCUGCUAGUACCAAAGCUAUUUUUCUGUAUAUUGAUGAACUAGCGAAUAAAACAAUGGCGAGUUUUUUUGAAGAAAAUAUGCCUUUGGGUGGAAACCAAGUAUCUCACUAUGCAGAUCUAUUUUCUUUGGCUUUGGCCAUUUCAUUUUCAGUUGCACUGGCAUGUGGAGCUAAAGAAUCCUCAGUAAUCAAUAAUAUAUUUACUUUUGUUAAUUUAUCUGUUGUGAUCGUAGUUAUAAUAUCGGGAAUGUGGAAGGUUGAUAUUCGAAAUUGGAAUCGAACCAAAGAGGAAGCCGGUGGUAAAGGCGAAGGUGGUUUUAAUCCAUAUGGAAUAAAAGGGAUUGUACAAGGCGCAGCACGUUGUUUUUAUGGAUUUAUCGGGUUUGACUGCAUAGCCACAGCAGGUGAAGAAACUAAAAAUCCACAAAAAUCCAUACCCAUUGGGGUUGUAGCAUCGUUGAUGAUAGUAUUUUUUUCUUAUUUUGGCAUGUCAUUAGUAAUGACGAUGAUUUUACCAUAUUAUGAACAGGAUGAAAAUGCCCCAUUGGCUUACAUUUACGCCAGAUUGGGAUGGACAGUUUUAAAAUAUGUUGUUAGUAUCGGUGCUAUUUGUGCUCUCUUUUCUAGUUUAUUGGGUGCCAUGUUUCCGCUUCCAAGAAUCAUAUAUGCAAUGGCCAACGACGGCUUACUUUUUAAACCUUUGGGUAAGGUACAUUCCCAUUUUCAUACCCCAUUGAUGGGUACAUUAAUAGCAGGAGCUUUAACAGGUACUCUAGCAUGUAUUUUAGACCUAAAUAAAUUAACGGAAAUGAUGUCUAUAGGAACUCUAUUAGCUUAUUCCAUGGUUGCAGCUUGUAUUCUAGUUCUAAGAUAUAAUCCAGAAACCAAAGAAAAACAUAUUCAUGCUUCUUGUAGGGAAUAUUUAACACAAGCCUUUAACAGAAAAAAUCAGGAACCUACAAAUGUAACUGCUACAAUAGUGACGUGGGAAAUCAUAGCAUAUUUUUUAGUGUGUUUCAUUACUUCUGGAAUAAUGACGACAUUCGAAGAUGAUCUUUUUGCAGGAACCACUUGGAUUGCCAUAGUUUGUUCAAUGUUGAUUUUAAUUUCGGCAUUCCUAUUAAUAUUGGUCAGUUUUCAGCCUACUACCAAACUCAGCAAAGGAUUUUCAGUUCCACUUAUACCAUGGAUACCUGGUAUUAGUAUUUUCACGAAUAUAUACCUUAUGGCACACAUACAGAAAGAUACAUGGAUAAAAUACGGAUACUGGAUGAUUAUUGGUUUACUAAUAUAUUUCGCGUAUGGCCUUUGGCACAGUAUGGAACGAGACGCAGACGAAGAACAAUCGAGAGCAAUUAACCGACGCCGUGUAGAUAGCUCAUAACAAUAUUAGUCUACCAAUUAUAAAAAGAACAUGCAGUAUUUUAAUGUAUUACAAUAAUUAUUUAUAAUUUUUAUAUUGAAAAAGGCUGUUUUCAUAAAAUGAACUUAUUGAUAAAUAAAUAAAUUAUUAAAUAAACAC